AUGAAGGGCUUUGGCACCACCAUGCAAGACUCGGGCCCAGCAAGGCUCACCACUGCAUUACUUACUGCGCUACUCAUCACCAGCGCUACUUUUCUCCCAUUUCUAGCUCAGAACACUGCCGCAAACCCAGUUCCGGCGCCACGACCGCUGCCUCACGCAGAACCAAAUCCAGACCCGCAAGCUGGUGGCCCAGCCGAAGAUGGUUUGUUUCCAGAUCCGGAACCAUGUAGUGGUAAUUGCUCAUGGAUCCACGAUCCUAGUAUUCUGUAUGAAGAUGAAAAAUACUGGCGUUUCUCGACCAGUGGCAACAUCGCCAUUGCAACUGCGCCUUCACUGGGAGGCCCUUGGCGCUAUCAGGGCGCUUUGUUGCACAACGGUACCAGUAUAAUGGUUCAUCCAGAUCAAGAUAUCUGGGCACCUUCGGUGAUGAAGCGGGGCGAUACCUACUACUGCCACUACUCCGUAUCCAGGAUCGGCCUUCAGAACUCGUCCAUUGGUGUGGCGGCCUCGCUUUCCCUCGAGCCAGGCACUUGGCAAGACCAUGGCGAUAUUGGCCUUCCCCUAUCCCAUAAGUACAAUCUUAUCGACCCCUUUGUCUACCAAGAAACGCCCAAGGAUCCAAUUUACUUCACAUUCGGCUCUUUCUGGGACGACAUCUUCCAAGUCGAGCUUUUCCCGCACGACGACCUUCUGGCCUUUGGCAGGUGGGCCGAUGGGAACAACCGUAUCAACAACUUGGUGCACAACAGCUCUAUCCCGGCUACUGUUGCUGAAGGCGCUAUCAUGCAUAAAGAAAAGGACUUCUAUUAUAUGUUCUACAGUGUUGGAUGGUGCUGCAACAAGCCAUCGAAUAAAGACGGUCUCGCCGAAGAAGGUCAAGUAUACCACGUCGUCGUCUGCCGCUCGGAAGCCCCAACCGGACCUUUCUACGAUCAGGAGGGCAAGAGCUGUCUCGAAGAAAACGGUGGUACAACGAUCCUCGCCAGUCACGGGGAUAUUUAUGCGCCUGGUGGGCAAGGUGUAAUGGUACACCCUGACAAUGGGAGGACGGUGAUGUAUUAUCACUAUGUUCGCCCGAGUGUGGGCUAUGAGACCGAUCAGUUUUUCUUUGGAUACAAUUACCUCGACUGGCAAGACGGCUGGCCGGUUGUGGUUGUUGCUUGA